GCUAGGCAUCUUAUUCACUGCGUACAGAAUCAGCCGUCUUAUCAUUCCAUCUUAGCAGACAUGGAGGCCAGACUGAUCGUGGCGGUUGUGUUCGUCUGCGCCGUUUGUCACGUCACUGAAGCCCAGCUGCAGACAACGAAAUCACUCGGUACCAACAUCACUCUUACUGGUUGUGGCAGCACUAAGCUGUGUGUGUCAAAUCCGUCUAAUUGCGAUCCUGCAGGAAACUCCAGCUGUUUUUUCAGCUCUACUCAGCUCAGUAAUGCAAUACUAACCGUGGAACUCUCCGGCACAACUUCAGGAUAUGUGGCGCUGGGACUCACACCCACUAGCAGCCAAACCCAGCAACUAAUUCAAGGAACUGCUGUGUUCGUCUGUGGCAACAAUAACAACAGCACCUUCUUCGAAACAGCUAUUCAGAACGGCUCAGUGUUGACUCCUGCUAACCUGACUGCCAUAAAUAUAACUAGUGUUCAGGGUUCAGUAACAAGAGACCAGAGUCUUAUUCAGUGUGUCUUCAACAUCACCCUCAAUUCCAUCCUCCUCAGUUCCAUCCUCAUCAAAGCAACUGUUCAGUUGUCUUUCAACAUCGCCAUCCUUAAUGGAAACACAAAUGGAACAGACCUGGGAAAUGCAGCUAUGGUAUUUAACUCCAAAGGAUCAUUAAACCUGGCAGACCCAAAGAGCAAUAUUCCAAAUCAUCUUCAGCUCAGCAUCACUCGUAACAGUUGUGGCAGCACUAAGGAGUGUGUGUCGUUUCCAUCUAAUUGUGAUCCUGCAGGAACCUCCAGCUGCUUUUUCGUCUCAAUUCAGUUAAAAAACCAAAUGUUCUUCUUUGAACUCAGUGGCACAACAGCUGGAUAUGUCGCAUUGGGACUCAAUAAACAGGGAACUACCAUUUUGUUUGCCUGCAUCAAUAUCAGCAACAGUUUCUUCUUCCAAACAGCUAUUCAAAAAGGCCAAAUUUGGAUCCCUGCUAAUGUGACCGUUGUGUACAACGUUCAAGGUGUAGUUGCACAAAACCCGAGUCUUAUUCAGUGUAUCUUCAACACCAGCGCCAGUUUCACCAUCAGCAACAAAUCUGAUGAGACCUCAUUUAGUGUCUCCAUUCUGAGUGGAACCACCAAUGAAAUCCAAUUGGGAAAUGCAGCUAUAAUGUUUGACUCCAAAGUACCAUUAAACCCGACUGAUCCCACUGGCCAGAACAGCAGCAACUCAAUCGUCAGCCGCUGGACUCAUGUGUUGGUUUUGCUGCUCAGUGCUCUGACUCUCCGUCUGCAAUAAAACCCAGCCUUGUUAAUGUUACCAUAAUUCUCAAGGUUAUUAGUUGGUUGUUUGAUUGUGCCAUGCAUGUGUUUGACUUUUACCAAGAUCUAAUUAGCAUACAUUCUGAUUUGUAAAUGUAACAUUAAAUAGAUGUUAAUUUACUGUACUCCUAUAAACAUUCAACAUUCUACUUUUAGAUAUAGCAGUUUAAUCAGAGAUGAAAUAUAUUGAUUAGUAUAAUUCAGUAUAAGAAUUAAAUACGUAACCAAAGAUGUGAUAUUUUCACCCUGGGUUUAAGUGCAAUUGUGACUCAAAUCUGAUUUUCUGUGUUGAAAAGUCUCUGUGCAUUAAAAAAUACAGUCAUUUUCUUAUGUACGUGUGUAUAUAAACAUGAUAAACUUUCAGACUGCUGAUAUCUGAGUGAUUAUAGCUUUGAGUUUCUUCCUCUAGAUGGCGGCAGCUGAAAGUAUUGUUUUCCAGGGGACGUGUAUUUACAUGCACAUUCUUAGUUGAUCACCUUGUAAACUGAAUUUGCUCACCUGUGGUUUAUAAGAAGUAAGUCUUCUUUUAGUAAAUACACCUCCACCUUUUGGUAAACCCAGUCACAAAAAAAAAAGUAUUUCCUUCUUAGGAGUAACAGGUAACAGUAACAAUCCCGUACU